GAUACCAUACUUGCAGAACUUCUUCAGAUACAUAAAGAACACAUUGUAGGAUAUCAUGAACAUGAUUCUCUUCUGGACCAUAAAGAGGAAGAAGAAUUGACUGAAGAAGAAAGGAAAGCAGCUUGGGCUGAAUAUGAAGCCGAAAAGAAGGGACUGACCAUGCGUUUCAACAUACCAACCGGGACCAAUUUACCCCCUGUCACUUUCAACUCUCAGACUCCUUAUAUUCCUUUCAAUUUGGGAGCCCUGUCAGCAAUGAGUAAUCAACAGCUGGAGGACCUUAUUAAUCAAGGAAGAGAAAAAGUUGUGGAAGCAACAAACAGUGUAACAGCAGUGAGGAUUCAGCCUCUUGAAGAUAUAAUUUCAGCUGUAUGGAAGGAGAACAUGAAUCUCUCAGAGGCCCAAGUACAGGCACUAGCAUUAAGUAGACAAGCCAGCCAGGAGCUUGAUGUUAAACGAAGAGAAGCAAUCUACAACGACGUGUUGACAAAACAACAGAUGUUAAUCAGCUGUGUUCAGCGAAUACUUAUGAACAGAAGGCUGCAACAGCAGUACAAUCAGCAGCAGCAACAACAAAUGACUUAUCAACAAGCAACACUGGGUCACCUCAUGAUGCCAAAGCCUCCAAAUUUAAUCAUGAAUCCUUCUAACUACCAGCAGAUUGAUAUGAGAGGAAUGUAUCAGUCAGUGGCUGGUGGUAUGCAGCCGCCACCAUUACAGCGUGCACCACCCCCGAUGAGAAGCAAAAAUCCAGGACCUUCCCAGGGGAAACCGAUGUGAUUUUGCACUAAAAGAUUAAAGGAUUGUUAAAAUCAUAGAAAGAUCUUUUAUUUUUUUAGGAAUCAAUAACUUAACAGAACUCAACUGUAUAAAUAGUUUGGUCCCCUUAAAUGCCAAUCUUACAUAUUAGUUUUAAAUUUUUUUAAAUAGGGCGUACCAUUUCUCCCUGACAUUUGUCAGUGAUAUUGCCUAGAAUCUUCUUACACACAUUGAGUACAGAAGAUAGUUCAAAUUGUUUUCAGUGAAAACAAGUCCUUCCAUACAGUAACAGCUCCACAGAUUUCCUCUCUAAAUUUUUAUGCCAGCUUUUAGCAACCAUAAAAUUGUCAUAAAAUUAGUGAAUUUAGAAAAGAAUAAAGAUUUCUAUAUUCAUUCUUUCCAUAUAAAAUCACACAGCUGAGUUCUUAGAGUUGAUUCCUCAAUUAUGAAAUACUUUUAUACUCAACCCAUUUCUUGAUUAGAGUGACUGAAAUGGUCUUAAUGUUCUUUUGACUGAAGUCUGAAACUGGGAUCCUGCUAUAUCAUGUCUGUGAUUGAAAGUUAGAAGCUAAGGGUUAUCUUGGACACAGAAUCGUGUGCAAUAUUCUUAAAUACUACUACUCAAAGUCAGAGGGUCUUGCAGUUAUCUUAGCAUUGUAUAAACAGCCUUAAGUACAGCCUAAGAAGAGAACUCCUUUUUCUUCUUUAGUCUUUCUGCCAUUUUUUUUAUUUUCAGUUCUAUGUGCUGAAAUAAUUACUGGUAAAAUUUCAGGGUCAUGGAUUAUCUUCCACACAUGAAUUUCUUUCUCCUGGCACUAAUAUAAAGCACAUCUCUUAACUGCAUGGUGCCAGUGCUAGUGCUUCAUCCUGUUGCUGGCAGUGGGAUGUGGAAUAGAAAAUCAAGUUCUAGCGUUUUAAAAAUGGAGGUUAACACUGAAGAUGUGGUUGUUAGGUUCACGCCCUGUUUUUUUUUUUUUUUUUCAGCAACAUCAAAAUGGCAGAAUCAUCUCUGACUUUUAAGUUCACAUGAGGAAUGUGCUUUAACAAUUCCCAGGACUGUCAGUAUUGCGAAAUAAUUCCUCUUAAAGAUAAGGUUCACUGGCUUCUAUGCUUUUUUUUUCUCUCUCAUCACCAUGUUCCUUUCUCCAAUUUCCUUACAUUUUUCUUAAGUGGUUUUAAACUUUAUUAUUUUUUUCAGUUUAGAUCUGUGAGGUGAUUUUCUCCUCCAAACUAAUUCAUCUAACGUCCUUUUAUGAGGUUUUGCUAGAAGAAAAUCAUUACAUUUCUUUUUCUACAUCCAGGUUUGUAAAAAUGACCUCUAAGUUUAUUCAUGUUCAAUUUGGUUGCUUGAGUUUCUUAAAGAAAAAGAUUGUUUUUAACUAUAGGAGUCAACAUGGCAAAACCAUUUUUGAGAUGGUGAUGUAACAGGUAGUAAAAACAGCUGAAGAAUCAUGGAAUAAAGAAAGCUGAUUGGAGGAUUGCUCUAAGUAUCACUGGAUUUUGAUGAAGUUAACAUUAGCUAAACUUGUUUUGAGUUGUUUGGAUAAUAAAGAGAAAGAGAUUUCCAUUUUUAUCUUGGAAGAACUAGUGGUAAAACAUGCAAGAGCACUAGGUUUAUGAUAUAGAAUUUGUGAGGUUUGAUAGGUCCAUCCCCCACCUUCCUAUGGUAAAAUACCGCUAACAAAUUCCAUAUAAUGGGAUAGCAGGCCAGCCGUAGAGUCAAAUUUAUUUAAUUGGGGUGGAGGAGGGCAGAUUUGUGUUUACUUUAGAAGAAGUAAAAAAGACAAGAUUUAUGAGAGAAAUAUUUGAAGGCAGUAUGCUCUGGCCAACUAUUUAUCAGUUGAUAUUUCUACAAGUCCAGAAUAUUUUAAACCUGAUUUACUAGACCUGGGAAUUUUCAGCAUGGUCUUAUUACUCAAGUAUACAGAUGUAAAAAUUUUAGACAGCCUUCUAAACCUUCUUCACCGUGGAUGAAACUAUGACUUAAAGAAUAAUGCUUAGAAGGAUUAAUUGGGAAUCAGAGUUUGAAAUAAAAACUUGGACCACUUUGCAUACACUAUUCUCACUUGACAUUUUAGCUACAUAAUAUGUACUUUGAGUAUAACAUCAAGUUUUAACAAAUAUCUAAAGACAAAAAAAUCACAUCAAUAAAGUACUACAAAGCUCAUUUUUAUAUUUGUUUUAGAUGUUUUAAAUAGUUGCAAUGGCUUAAAAAUGACGAUUUAAAAUGUUGCUUGUAAGACAGUUUUGCCUGCUAAAUUCUCCACAUUUUGUAACCUGUUUUCUUUCUUUGGGUGUAAAGCGUUUUUGCUUAGUAUUGUGAUACUGUAUAUGUUUUGUCCCACUGUAUAGUAAUGUUUUCAGUCCAUCAUCCAAGUUUGGCUGCCUGAAUCAUACAGCGUGAAGAACUGCCUUUGUUAGUUAGACUGCUUUUCAGUUUGUUCGAGUAUCUUAAGUACUGUAGAAAAGAUGUCACUUCCUUCCUUAAAGGCUUUUUUGGUAAUAUAUAUAAGGACUGGAAUUGUUGGUUUUUUAAAGAAAAAGCUCAGUAUGAACAAUAAAUACUAUCUGUGUUUUCACUUCAAGUGCUUUUUAGUAGUUGAAACUUAAACUAUUUAAUGUCAUUUAAUAAAGUGACCAAAAUGUGUUGUGCUCUUUAUUGCAUUUUCACAGCUUUGAAAAUCUGUGCACAUAUUGUUUCAUAAGAAAAUUAUAGCUUUUGAUGUCCUGUUUAAAUGGUGGUUCUUUUUUGCAACAUUGAGUUAUUUAAUAUUAAGGAAUCAAGAAGUUGAAUUUUUGAAUCUGUUAUAUACUAAAUUCUGUAAAAGGAGAUCUCUAACCUCAAAAAGAAUUUACAUACUGGGAAGCCUGUGUGUGUUUGUGUUAGUUUUGGUUGUCUCUGUGUAAUUCAACACCAUUUUCUGCUUCCUAACAGCUGUAUGUAUCAUUCAUUUAAGUCAAACAGGGCUACCAUCUCAUCCAGAACUCAUAGCAUAGUAGGUAGAUGGAAACCAUAUUACCUGGCAUCUCAAAGAGCUGAAUGAAUUGUGUUAUGGACUUCCCUUAGCUCCACCCAUUUUCUGUGCCUCUUUUCAUAUAAAGUCGGAUCCUUGUGUGCUCCAGACAAAACUUUAAAAGCAGUUCCUCACCUAUCCUAGUGUCUGUUGUUUCUUUGGAGGGUGGCAUGUUGCAAUGCUGUAGAUAAAAUAAGUAUCUACAGUUUUAAAAUAGGUCAAUCCUAUUGUUUAUUUCACUAAAAUUAUUACCCAUCUUCUGUCACCAGAUUGAAUCCCAAGUGACUUUUGGCUAUCUUCAAGUCAAAAUUACUCUUUGAGAAUUAAAAAUUUCCCACCAUUGAUUAAUCUUUUUUUCAAAAACCUAUAAUCUGAGCCAAGCCCAAGGAGGGACCAUGUUUCAAGAAUUCAUCUGUGCGACAGUUUAAGCAUAUACAUAUAUACAUUCUUACAUGAGGGUAAAGAAA